GCCCACAAGCAACCUUCCGACCUCUCCUCUCUCCCCUGUGCUCUCCGCCGCCGCCGUCCUGCCUCACCCCAUCUCCUUCCCUUGUCCGGCGCUCCACCCAUCCGCUCUCCCCAUUUUUGUGCGAAACCCGCGAUGGCGGCGGCUGAUUGAUGUGGGAUUUGGCGGUAGCGACGGGGGCCUCAAGCAGGGAUACGAGGAGAAAAGAAGAUGGUCCUAGAGCACGAGGCGGGGAUCCAAAAUAGAUCCCGGGAUCAGCAUCAUGGCCGCGGAGACAACGGCCUUCUUUUUUUUUGUUUGGCGGAAUGACAAAGGCCUUCUUCGACUCCAGACUGACCGCAGCCACGACGUUCCCGUGUGCCUCGGCGAGGUGGGCCAAGCUGGCGCAUACGGCAAAGAGCGGCUGCGGCACCAGUGGAGCUGCGGCUGGUGGUGGAUGGCCGCGAAAUCGACUGGUGGCGCCGUCGUGGAAAGCUUCCACGCUCUGCAGCCGCACGGGCCGGAGAAGCACAAUGGCGUCGCUCGCCGGAGCCGCACUCGCCUCCUGCAGCAUCCUUCUCCUCCUGCUCGUCUCCUGCGCCCAGGGCCAGGGGCAACCACCCGAGGCGCCGGAGGAGGCUUGGCCCGAGGGGCAACCACCGGAGGCGCCGGAGGAGGCUUGGCCCGAGGGGCAACCACCGGAGGCGCCGGAGGACGCUUUGACGAUGCUCUUGUCCAAGGGCGGGUGCGGCGCCUUCGCCGGCCUCGUCGCUGCGACGGCCGGCGUGGGCGACGCGUUCCGCGAGCAGAUCGGCAGCGACCUGGGGCUCACCAUCCUCUGCCCCGACGACGAGGCGGUGGGGACGUUCAUCCCGAGGUUCCAUGGUCUCACCGUCGACGAGCAGGUCGCGGCCCUCCUGUACCACGGCCUGACGAUGGCUUACUCCGAGGAGCUGCUCAGCUGGGUUCACCGGGAGGUGUUGACGCUUGAUGGGGAGCAGAUGCUCACCGUCCGUCACCACAGAGGCAGGGUGAUACUUUCUUCGUGGCCGCAGUCGACACGGAACAAGGCCAGGAUCACCAAGACGGUCGUCGACGACGACCAUCUCGCCGUCUACCUCAUCGACGCCGUGCUGAUUCCGGCAGAUCUCAAGCGUCGAAGAGUUGUGGCACUUAUCGUCAUUAUUAUUCUGGUACUUGUUGUCGGCGGGCUCGUGGCGUUAUUCUUGCGGUUUCAUGCACUUGUAUAUCUUGGUUCUCUUGUGUGCCGGCUGACAAGAUGGUGUAAGGGUCGCGCUGCUGCCUACGCUUCGGCCGCCCGUGUCACUCCACAUGGGCAAGGACAACAAGAACAUUAGUCUGUGGCCGCUUCGGAGUGCCUCGCCUCCCCGGGUCGUUCCUUCGUACUUAUUUCCGUUCGUGGUGACAGAUUUCACGGGUGUUUCCUCUGUCUUCGAUGCAUAUAGUGGUGUUCAGCGGGGUGGUGGCAUGGUCAGUUGAUGAAACUGCAGGAUCUAGAUCGUGUUAUUUUUCUAUGCAUAUAGUAUACUUAUAUAUAUCUUUUGCCGGGAACACUUUCUAUGUAUUUUGUGUUUACUUACUUAUGGAUCUAGGCUUCGUUUGAUGUAACGAGAUACUGGUGACCAUGAGUUCGAUAUGUAGUGGAGUAGUAGCAUUGGAACUUCUAUUGCAAGCAUCCGUCCAUGAGGCUGCAUUAGAUGAGGGAGGAGUUCCAUUUUAUU